ACGAGCCAGCCAGUGCAGCUUUGGGGUCAAGAACCGGUCUGGCAGGAGAAUGGAGCAAUACUGUGUGUUAUAGGACUCGGGAAUACACACACACACACACACACACACACACACACACACACACAUACACACACACACACACACACACACACACACGCAGGCACGCACACAGACACACACGCCCGGACGAGGAUGAGAGCAGACCACACACGGAGGCUUACACACGCACGGGCAGAGAACGCCAGGACAUGUUUCGGGCCUUUGUGUUUGACGGGUAGUUCUGCUCUCACUAAUGAUGGAGACUCUGGCAAGACUGGAAGUUUUAUUCCCAUGCUACUCUCUUCCUGUCUUUCUCCUGCAGUGUGGGAGGCAGAAAGGUCAUAGUGAGCACAGCUAAAGAUGUCCGAUAGUGUUGAUAUAGAGGAGAAGCCACCUGCCCCCCCCUUGAGAAUGAGUAGUAGUUCCCGCGACUCUUCAUCCGUGCACACGUCCAAACCGCUCCCGAUGGCUCCAGAAGAGAAGAACAAGAAAGCCCGCCUUCGUUCCAUAUUUCCCGGGGGGGACAAAACGAACAAGAAGAAAGAGAAAGAGCGCCCGGAGAUCUCCCUCCCAUCAGACUUCGAGCACACCAUCCAUGUGGGAUUUGACGCAGUGACGGGAGAGUUCACCGGUAUUCCGGAGCAGUGGGCCAGAUUAUUGCAGACUUCCAACAUCACUAAGUUGGAACAGAAGAAGAAUCCUCAGGCAGUUAUAGAUGUCCUUAAGUUCUAUGACUCCAAAGAGACUGUCAACAACCAGAAAUACAUGAGCUUUACAUCUGGAGAUAAGUCCGCCCAUGGGUACAUAGCAGCCAAUACCCUGAAUCGUCUCCUGUCCUCCGGACCACCAGUCAGCCUUAGAAGCUGCAGCGCAUUAUUUGACAAGCAGCAGGGUGCCAAGACGGCGUCCGAGCCUCCCCUUGCUCCUCCAGUGUCUGAGGAGGAGGACGAGGAAGAGGAAGAAGAAGAGGAAGAUGAGGAGGAGGACGACGAUGAGGUGCCACCCGUCAUCGCUCCACGGCCGGAGCACACCAAAUCUAUCUACACACGCUCUGUAAUUGAGCCGGCCACGCCCCCUGUACCCAUCAAAGAGGCCACAACCCCGCCAGAGUCGCAGGUGCAACCGGAGGACACAACGUCCAGUACACUGUACCGGCACACCGAUCGGCAAAGGAAGAAAUCCAAGUUGACCGAUGAGGAGAUACUCGAACGACUCAGGAGCAUCGUCAGUGUUGGGGAUCCAAAGAAGAAAUACACUCGCUUUGAGAAAAUAGGACAGGGAGCAUCUGGAACAGUUUACACAGCUAUUGACAUUGCCACAGGGCAGGAGGUGGCCAUAAAGCAGAUGAAUCUCCAACAGCAGCCGAAGAAGGAGCUGAUCAUUAACGAGAUUCUGGUGAUGAGGGAAAACAAAAAUCCCAACAUCGUUAACUACCUGGACAGCUACCUGGUAGGUGAUGAGCUGUGGGUGGUGAUGGAAUAUUUGGCUGGUGGUUCUCUCACUGAUGUGGUAACAGAGACCUGCAUGGAUGAAGGACAAAUUGCUGCAGUCUGCAGAGAGUGUUUGCAAGCCCUGGACUUCCUGCAUUCGAAUCAGGUGAUCCACAGAGAUAUCAAGAGUGACAACAUUCUCCUGGGAAUGGAUGGUUCUGUGAAGCUCACCGACUUUGGCUUCUGCGCUCAGAUCACCCCUGAACAGAACAAGCGGAGCACCAUGGUGGGCACUCCCUACUGGAUGGCUCCAGAGGUGGUGACCCGUAAGGCUUACGGCCCAAAGGUGGACAUCUGGUCCCUGGGCAUCAUGGCCAUUGAGAUGGUGGAGGGAGAGCCACCCUACCUGAACGAGAAUCCUCUCAGGGCGCUGUACCUCAUUGCCACCAAUGGCACCCCAGAGCUGCAGAACCCCGAGCGACUGUCCUCCGUGUUCCGGGACUUCCUGAACCGCUGCCUGGAAAUGGAUGUGGACCGCCGAGGAUCAGCCAAAGAGCUUCUGCAGCAUUCGUUCCUGAAGCUGGCCAAACCUCUUUCCAGUCUCACACCCCUGAUUGUAGCCGCCAAGGAAGCCAUCAAGAACAGCAGCCGCUAGAGGGGCUCACACACACACACACACACACACACACACACACACACACACACACACACACACACACACA